ACCGUCAUGAAAACAACAUUAAAUGAACAGCCUUUUUCGCGGGAAAGAUGAUGCGUUGUCAACGGUGACGAAAUACACAGUUGAGCAAUAAACAAAUAGUUCCACUUUGCAUAUUUUUUAAUAAUUCAAUUUACAUUACCAGCAUGUUUAACAAGCAUUGAGUAUCUUUAAAAUUGACAGUAGAUCUAAAUUUAAAACAAAAAUACCAUGUAAAAUAUUUUAGUCGAAUUCUUGUGUCGAUCGACUGUGUCAACAGGACUAGCUCAUCGUUUGAGCAUUCGGCAUGUAUUACUAUCGAUGAGGGGACUGGCCGACGAGCCGGGACGAUUUCACCUGUUCGCCACUUGCAACGGGCACUAGUGUAGAUUCUAGAGGACAGUGAAUUAUUCUGUUCUGUUGAAAAAGACUUGUUAACGGAUCUUAUAGCAGACACGCUUCGGUGGCCCGCCAUAAACAUUCUAGGAACACGUCCGCGACGUCGCUGCCAGACAUAUUGGCUGGAGCACAGGGGUUCGUUACAAAUGUCUGUGGCUGGAGUUAGCACACGACGUAUUUUAGAAGCUGAAUGCGCGGACUUAAAUUUCAGGGCAAUGAGAGCAAAGCUUCAAUAUGGUCAGCGAGGAGUUCGGCAUCCCUCCGAUGUCGCUUCAGCAUCGGGGAGGAUGAUUUUACUACUAUGAAAAAGGAAGGGACUCUGGAGCAAUCGAUGAUGGACGCACUGCUGAAUGACCGUGUUGAUGCGGUAAAGGUUCUCAUAGAAAACGGCUUUACGAUGCAAACUUUCCUGACAAUAGCACGACUGGAGGAGCUAUACAACACGCGCCUUGGACCAACUAACACCCUCAGACAUCUGGUACAAGAUACAAAGAAAAAGAGUGUUUCAUCUAGAUACCGGUACACGAUGCUGGAUAUCGGUGGUGUAAUUGAACAUCUAAUGGAGGGAGCCUAUCGGUCUGGUUACUGUCGCAAACAAUUUAAACAGAAGUACCAUGCUAUCAAACGCAAUAGCGUUGCCGGUAACAUUGGACGACUGGUGACAACGAUGCCGAUGAUUAUGGAUACAACUGGAGCCCAGGAACUGUUCCCCCAUCCAUACCACGACCUUCUGAUCUGGGCAGUAAUCUUAAAGCGGCACGAUAUGGCUAUGUACAUAUGGCGACAAGGCGAUGAGGCCAUGGCAAAGGCACUAAUUGCAGUUAAGCUUAAUAAGGCUAUGGCUGCUGAAGCUGACCGCUACGAUGCGGAGGUGGACAUAUCGGAUGGCCUCAGGUCAAACGCAAAGAGUUUCAUGAAAUUAUCCUUGGAACUUUUGGAACAUUGCUCCAAGAUGGAUGACGCUUGCACACAACAUCUUUUGACAUACGAGUUAAAGAACUUCAGCAACCAAACAUGUAUGGGGUUGGCAGUGUCCGGCAAUCAUCGUAAGUUCGUGGCCCACAGGUGUUGUCAGGUUCUCCUAAACGACAUGUGGAUGGGUGGCCUCCGAACAAGGAAAAACAGCAGCCUAAAAGUUAUAUUAGGUAUCCUGUUCCCACCCUGCAUACCACUUCUUGAGUACAAGACUAAGAAGGAACUCAAGUUGAUGCCGCAGACUCUUGAGGAACAUUUAUACGAGCUUCAUGCUCAGGGCCUGCACGAAAGGAAUAUGUCCGUCGGUGAAGACCUAAAUACGGGAAAUAUCAAUGAGGGUUUCAAUGCCGAGGACAACACGGAAACGAGUUUCCAGGCGACCCCUUCGAGCUCCAGUAUACCUACUAGUCCAGGAUUUAGCAACAGUCCUAGUUUCCAUAUAGGUCAUCGCGUUCUAGGAGCAAACGAAUCUGCUGCCACAGACGUGUCGGGUUUGACUGACAAUUCAAACGGCUUCCAGUUCCCUGUCAAAAAGAAGGAAAAUCAACUGCGAUUGGACAAAAAAAUCUACGAAUUUUACAAUGCUCCAAUCACAAAAUUCUGGAUGUAUGCUAUGACGUACAUCAUGUUCCUCAUUUGUUACUCCUAUGUUGUGCUGGUGAGGACCUACCCGGAACCGAAGUGGCAGGAGUGGGCGGUCAUGGUGUAUGUGGCCACCACUGCACUGGACAAGCUCAGAUCCAUCAUUGCAUCAGAACCCGUCAGCGUAACCAAGAAACUGAACCUGUACUUCAGUCAGAAAUGGAACAUUUGGGAUACCAUGAUGCUGACGAACUUUGCGUUAGCGGUCACUCUACGUUUCAUACCGAGUACUUUACGAGACGCCCGUAUCUUGUACACAAUCAACAUUGUGUUCUGGUACCCCAGGAUCCUGCAGAUAAUAUCGGUCAAUAAAUAUCUUGGACCGUACAUCAAGAUAAUGGCAAAGCUGUUCAUUGACAUGUGCUACUUUACCACCAUCAUGGUGAUAGUUGUGAUCACGUUUGGAAUCGUCAGGCAGUCGAUCCAUUUCCAACACGAAGAGCCAUCCUGGAAAAUCGUAAGGAACGUCUUCUUUUAUCCCUACUGGAUGAUCUACGGAGAAUUGUUUGCUCACGAAAUCGACACGUGUUAUGACGAGAACAAUCAUCCUGACGGCUGCACAUACGGGUCCUGGGUUGGCCCGGCUUUCAUGUGUGUCUAUCUUCUGCUAAUCUACGUUUUACUCGUAAACAUGCUCAUCGCCCGUUUCAAUGCUACAUUCAUCGCCAAUAACUCCUACGUUAAAGAGAUAUGGAAGUUUCAGCUGUAUAUGCGCGUCGUGAGAUACAAAAUGUGCCCGAUCUUACCAGCUCCACUGGUGCUCUUCAGCCAUAUCUUCCUCAGCGUCAGGUUUCUUAUCCGUCGUUGCAAGGGGACAAACGCCAAAUUUGAAAACGGUUUGAAAUUGUUCCUCUCUCGUAAGGACGCAAAACACCUCCAUGAGUUUGAAUCAGAAGCCGUUGAAGAUUACUUCCGGCAAACAGACAUGAACUUCCGUUCAUCACAAGAGGAAAGAGUACGCGUUAUAAAUGAAAGGACAGAGAUGCUAAACCUCGGAAUGGACGGUAUAACACAGAAAGGACAAUGCAUGAAGUUGACCCUACAAACUGCUAACCAACGAAUGUCUCAUCUAGAAGAAAUUUCAAACAGGACUUCCGAGACUCUCCUGGCGCUGAAAAAUCUGUUGGAUCUCGGAGUCAAAAGCAUUGGCGCUAACGGUUUUGCUUCUUGUGUAAGCGGCAUUGAACAGUCACUGGCCUUAGAUAGCACAUCCGAUUGUAAUUCAAAUAACAACAACGAAAAGGUGGAGAAUGAUGAUGAUAGCGCGUCCGCACGCAAAAGUGAUUCUUCUGCAGCGGACACAUGUGGUGAUAUAUCAUUGAACAAAUCAAUAGAUCACACCGGAAGUGACGUCCAUAGUGACGUAAGUCCGGCUACAGAAGGGAGAACAGAACUUUCAAUUCAUGUUUAUGAUACAGCGAAGGAUAAAGAAACUGAAUCAGAUACCAAAAAUGCCUCUAGUUCAUCAGAAAACGAUAAACAUACUUUAAAAACGGAGGCAGUUCGGGUUAGAAGGGUGUCAGCUUGAAGUGAAUUGUUGUUUAUGGUUUUGAUGAAGAAGCUUUUGAUUUUAAUUGAUUUGAAGACAAAGUAAAAUAGCGCGCGUUGAUUUUCAGAAUCCCUAAAUUUUUAAGAUCCAGUAAGGUACUAAAUGCUCCUAAAAGUAAUAUUUGAGAUGUUUGUAAUAUAAACAGGUCAUUGUGAUUUAAAGUGUAUACCACGAUCGUACAUGAAACAAUGUAGGUUUUCUGUGAGAUGUUCGUUACACAAUGCCGAUACAUGUGUUUAUAUAUAUACAAAUAGGGUACUGAUCUCACUUCAAAUAUGGAAACACUUACUAAGCCCCACAAAAACCAAUUGUGGAAGAUAUUAUCUAUCAAUAUUAACCGGCUUUCCGUUAACUCACCAAUCAAAAUAAAUGCAUUCUGAACUUCAGAAAACCAGAAGAAAUGAAGGCUGCCUUACAUACGGAAAAAAUGGGAAAAUUACCUCAAUUAUCUCUCUAUCUUUAUAUGAAGUAGAAACAGUCACUUGUAAGCUCUUUAGUCUCAAGAAAGUAAAGGAUAAAACGGCCCUGACAGGCUCUGUAGUGUUAGGAGUAAGAGAGAAAGCAGUAGUUAUAAGCUGUAGUGAACAGGAGUGAAACAAGUCGAUGUAUACUAUGUGACAUUACCGUGUAACAGUGUGAAUUAGACUUGCUAUUAAAACACCCAAGAUGAGCUCUGAAACAAAAUAACACUUAAAUGUUCAACAUACUGUAAACGUACUUAUUUUAGCGGACUCAAAUUUUAGCGCAUUAUCGAAUAUAAUCAGAUUUACGCAAUUCUGAAUUAGCGCAUCCACAAAAUAUGCCAUACAAAAACAAUAUACUGAAAAUUCAAUUAGUACAUUUAUAAUUUAGCACAAUAUUUUAAAUGCAAAAAAUACUUAAUAAAAAUAAAGCUAAAAAAAUGUACGCUUACAGUAUUUUCUAAUACGCGUAAUAUGUAUCUUGUAAUGACAAUUAGAUUCCUUUUUUCAUAAAAAUCUUAACCUAUGAACUGUUCCUGACCAUUGCACGUCCUCAUAUGUCUGAUUUGAUAGAUUUAUAUUGAAACUUUAUAUUGAUGUACAUAUGUAUUUUGUAAAUAUGUUUCUUUUGUGUCUAAUUAUGAAAACGAUCUACAUUUCAUACUUGAUGUUCUGUUGUUUGUAUUCUAUUCCUUUUACCCUGUUCCUUUCUUCGUCGUGCAUUUCAUGCUAGCAGGAUACAUCGGUUUUAACAACUUCCUCUCUAGAACUGUGUAACGGAUAUUAAUGAUAUUUUGAUGGAAAUAUUCUUAUCCUAAAGUGGUGAUUAUUAAAAAAAUAUAUUAAAUUGAAAAGCGACUGGUCCUGACUAUCGGGAAAUCAAUUUCUGAGUUUUAACAUGGAAAUGGUUGAGAUCUCGACCCUGGGCCUAUAUACAGCCAUUCCGGAUUCAUAACCAAACGGUAACUCUUGCAACCAUCUAUUUGAUAUUCUGGACGAAACUCUUUUUGUCAUAUACGCAAGCUUCGUUGCAUCCCGAAGUUCAAAAGAAGUGGUUGUAAAGGUUUGCCGUUCGGUGAUUGUCUACGAUCAAUCCAGAACUGCUUUAUGUGCUGCCUUGACGUAAAAGGGACAAACACACUCACGCUACCAAUCUUACUGAUGCCUGUUAAUCCCGCCAGUCUCCUGCAAUUUAGUCCCUUGGUCAUUACAUGGUAACAGUAGCAGUACCUACCCUAUAACUAUAGCUAUAACUGCUGGACCUGAAAAGGAGAUUGAUGUAUUGCUACAAAUGGUACCAGGGUUCAGUUCUACCCCUCUACAUUUGAAGUCAAAAUAUGAAAACAGUAAGGAUGUCAGCCCUGUAACGAUAAGGGCUGCCACGAUAUAUAUAUAGCGAUAUUUUGAAUACGGUACGAUACACAAUUUGUUUUGCGAAGUCACGAUACACCUAUGAUAUUUUCCAGAUUUUGUCGCUUCUAAAUUUAUUUUACUCAUAUCAAUUCCAAUAUGGUGUGUGACAGAAGACGUAAAUUGUGUGAAACUUUGAAGUCAUGCUCAUUUUGGACCAACUCUAUUUCAAGUUGUUUUAUUGCCAUUAAAAUUACAGCAUACCUUUCUCUUUG